AUGCUGCCCAUCGUCUUCCUCGCGAGCCUUUGUCUCAAGGCUGCAUCGGCCUGGCCAUUAUUUCCUGGACCACAUUCCGGCCAGCCUCACGGUCCUGGCGGACGUGCUCUCUACAUUCAGGACAACGAUCCGGCGGGAAACAAUACCAUUGCGGCACAAAUCUCGAACGAUGAUGGGAAGCUCUCAAACCCGGUCAAGAUUCCUACUGGUGGAAAGGGGCUGGCGCGGUUGAUUGCCGCUUCUCAGGACUCGGUGGUCGUUUCUGGCGAUUAUGUCUUCGCGGUCAACGCCGGUGACGAUACCUUGUCUGUGUUCAAAAUCGACCCCAACCAGCCGACAAACCUGCAGCUCCUUGGGAAGCCUGCCAGUACGAAAGGUCACACACCAGUUUCGGUUACAUACUCCGAGGCGCUGAACAUUGCUUGCGCUCUUAACGCUGGGGAUGAACCGGGCGUCGCCUGCUUUGCGCUCGACCAGCAACAUGGCUUGAAACCGCUACCCUUCUUCUUGGACAUCGCAGAGAUCGUACCUUCUCCCCCGCCAGGUCCAUUGGUCAUCGCAGCCGACAUUCGAUUCAACCCUUCAUCAACCGCGCUCUUUGUCACUGUUACUGGUGGAGGCGCCUUGCUUGGCGAUGUCUACUCGUGGCCGAUUCACUUUGGAAAGUUCUCGAACAAUCCCAACAACAACACCCUCGAAGGAAUCACUUUGCCAUUUAGUCUCAACUUCCUCGGCUCUGAUUCCAAGCUCUUCCUCACGAACCCACAUCUGAACUCGGACGGCGCCGCUCUCCUCGACAUCGCUACAUCUGGAGAAGUCGCUCAUGUUCAGAACGUCACCAUCCCAGGCCAAGUGGCCUCCUGCUGGGCCACUUACGAUCCCACAAUCGACAGCGUUUUCGUGAUCGAUGCCGGCCGCCCCGUUAUCACCAUCGUCGACGCGGAUUCGGGGAAGGUUACCUCGCAGUACAACUACACGACGUCUGUGUCGGGUACUGGUGGACAAGAUACGAAGGUUGAUAGGAACUUUCUCUAUGUUCUGACAGUCCCCGUCGAUGGUGACCUGGAGCUGGUCACGCCUCCGCAGGUCUUGGUGUAUGAUGUGUCGCCGCUCCAGAGCGGUGCGACGCCAAGGGAGGUGCAGAGUUUUGAUAUUUUGCAGAUUGUUGGGAAGUUGCCGGGUGCGACUGGGUUGGCGAUCUAUCCAGCGGCACGAUUUACCUGA